AUGAGCGACAACAGAGUGCUGUCCUUAAGCCCCAGCUCGGGACGCCCCGUCCCACCACCCAGCACUCAGUUCCCCAAACACUCGGGGUCUCGUCAGAGUCUUCCACACCAGCGGGGUCCCCGGCAGCACCUCGUCUCCCAGGAGCGCACCCCGAGCGCGCUCAGCGGCAGCUCCAGGACGAAGCUGCCGCAACCCGGGGCCAAAAGGGGGGGCAAGGGCCGCCAAGCCGGGUUGGACUCGGUGCCGCCCCUCGGGCCGGCGCGGUAUGACUGGGCACAGGACGGGAACCCCACCCCGGCUCCCAACGGUCACUUUCGGCUGCCGGCCCCGCCCCAGCCGGGCCGCGCUUGGCGCGCCUGCGCCUGCGCAAUCGCCACCGAGCGCUGGGAACCGGGAUGGCGGCCGUUUUGGAGUCGCUUCUGCGAGAGGAGGUGUCGGUCGCGGCCGCGGUGCGGUGGCUGGCGCGCGGCACCCGGAGUUCCGAGCAGGACGAAGCCUUCUCGCAGGAUCAACCCAACUCCGGUGAGCGAAGAGCGGUCACUGUCCAAGCCCAAGACCUGCUUCACCUCACCCCCAAUCAGCUGUGUCCCCAGUUCCCAACCCUCAGCCCCGGACACUAGCCCUCCGGGCCUUGGCCUUCCCCCAGGGUGCAGAAGUCUGCAAGAGGAGCGGGAGAUGCUCAGGAAGGAGCGCUCUAAGCAGCUGCGGCCGCCACCCGCCCCUGCCUGUCCCACCCCAGAAUCGGGGUCUCCUGUUCCCAACCGGACUGGAAACCUCGCCGCAGAACCUGCAGACCCUGCCAGAGUGUCUUCCCACCAGCGCCUGGAGCUGGUGGCCCUCAUCUACUCCUCAUGCAUUGCUGAGAACCUGGUACCAAACCUAUUCUUGGAGCUCUUCUUUGUCCUUCAGCUCCUUACUGCCCGAAGGACAGUGGCUACCAAGGACAGGGACCUCGAACCAAGUCCAGGUACCCUAGAUUCCUUGGAAAGCCCACUGUUCCUGAGUAUCCACGACUGUGUCUUCUUUGCAGUGCAGGUUUUGGAGCAUCAGUUUCAGGUUCUUUCCUACUUGGACAAAGGGACCUUAAAGCUGCUGGCUGAGAAUGAGCGGCUGCUAUGCUUCUCACCAGCUCUGCAAGGCCGCCUUCGAGCUGCCUAUGAGGGCAGUGUUGCCAAGGUCUCUCUGACAAUGCCACCCUCUGCUCAAGCUGUCUCCUUUCAGCCAGAAACUGACAAUCGUGCUAACUUCUCCAGUGAUCGAGCCUUUCAUACUUUUAAAAAGCAGAGGGAUGUGUUUUACGAGGUGCUUCGAGAAUGGGAAGAUCGCCAUGAGGAGGCUGGCUGGGAUUUUGAGAAGGGCGUAGGCAGCAGAGUCAGAGCCAUGAUGGGUCAACUCUCAGCAGCCUGCAGCCACAGCCACUUUGUUCGACUUUUCCAGAAACAACUUCUUCAGAUGUGUCAGAGCCCUGGCGGUGCUGGGGGCGCCGUCUUGGGGGAGGCGCCGGAUGUGCUGAAUAUGCUGGGAGCUGACAAGCUGGGGCGGCUGCGGCAGCUGCAGGAGCGGCUCGUGGCCCCUCAGAGUAGCGGGGGCCCCUGCCCGCCCCCGGCCUUCCCAGGCUGCCAAGGCUUCUUCAGGGACUUCAUCCUGAGUGCCAGCAGCUUCCAGUUUAAUCAGCAUCUCAUGGACAGUCUGAGCUUGAAGAUACGAGAGCUCAAUGGCCUUGCCCUGCCGCAGCACGAGCCUGGUGAUGAAGAUGGAGAGUCAGACGUAGACUGGCAGGGUGAAAGGAGACAAUUUGCCCUGGUGCUUCUUAGCCUGAGGCUUUUGGCUAAAUUUCUGGGCUUUGUGGCCUUUCUGCCAUAUCGAGGGCCUGAACCACCUCCAACCCGUGAGCUUCAAGACUCCAUUCUGGCCCUCAGGAGCCAGGUCCCGCCCGUCCUGGAUGUGCGAGCUCUGCUGCAGCAGGGGCUGCAGGCUCGGCGGGCAGUGCUCACCGUGCCCUGGCUGGUAGAGUUCCUUUCCUUUGCGGACCACAUUGUCCCCUUGUUGGAGUAUUACCGGAGCAUUUUUAUCCUCCUGCUGCACCUGCAUCGGAGCCUGGUCUUAUCACAAGAGCGCGAGGGGGAGAUGUGCUUCCUGAACAAGCUGCUCCUGCUCGCUGUGUUGGGCUGGCUUUUCCAGACUCCAACAGUCCCUGAGGACUUGUUCUUUCUGGAAGAGUGUUGUGUGGAUGCCUUUGCGGUAGACCCAGCGGCUUCAGAUCAUGGUUUGGACAGUAUACCUGUGGUGGACCAGCAGCUGCUCUACACCUGCUGCCCCUACAUUGGAGAGCUUCGGAAACUGCUCGCUUCAUGGGUUUCUGGAAGCAGUGGACGUAGCGGGGGCUUUGUGCGGAAAAUCACUCCCACCACCACGACCUUAGGGUUGGGAGCCCAGCUUCCCCAGACCAGCCAGGGGCUCCAGGCACAGCUCGCUCAGGCCUUUUUCCACAACCAGCCACCCUCCCUGCGCAGGACCGUGGAGUUUGUGGCAGAGAGAAUCGGAUCAAACUGUGUCAAACACAUCAAGGCGACGCUGGUUGCAGAUCUGGUACGCCAGGCAGAGUCACUUGUCCAAGAGCAGCUGGUGACGCAUGGACAGGAAGGGGGAGAUGCUGCGCAGUUGUUAGAGAGCCUGUGUUCCCAGCUGUGCCCCCGUGGAGCCCACGCACUGACCCAGGGGCGGGAGUUCUGCCAAAGGAAGAGCCCAGGAGCUGUGCGGGCACUGCUUCCAGAAGAGACCCCAGCAGCGGUUCUGAGCAGUGCAGAGAACAUAGCCAUCGGGCUCGCAACAGAGAAAGCCUGCACUUGGUUGUCAGCCAACAUCACAGCGCUGAUUCGGAGGGAGGUGAAAGCGGCUGUGAGUCGCAUGCUUCGAGCCCAGGGUCCUGAGCCGGCCGCCCGCGUGGAACGGAGGGGCUGCUCCCGCGCCUGUGAGCACCACGCUCCCCUCCCUUCCCACCUCAUCUCCGAGAUCAAAGACGUGCUCUCUCUGGCCGUGGGGCCCCGAGACCCUGAGGAAGGCGUUUCCCCAGAGCAUCUGGAGCAGCUCCUCGACCAGCUGGGCCAGUCCCUGCGGUGCCGCCAGUUCCUGUGCCCACCUGCUGAGCAACAUCUGGCAAAGUGCUCUGUGGAGUUAGCUUCUCUCUUGGUAGCAGACCAGAUCCCCAUUCUUGGGCCUCCAGCACAGCACAAGCUAGAGCGAGGACAGGCACGUAGGCUUCUGCACAUGCUGCUCUCCCUAUGGAAAAAUGAUUUCCAGGGGCCAGUUCCACUACAGCUGCUGCUGAGUCCGAGAAACGUCGGGCUUCUGGCAGACACUCGGCCAAGGGAGUGGGACCUCCUGCUGUUCUUGCUCCGGGAGCUGGUAGAGAUGGGUCUCAUGGGACGAAUGGAGAUAGAGGCCUGUCUGGGCAGUCUCCAUGAGGCCCAGUGGCCAGUGGAUUUCUCUGAAGAACUGGCUACACUGUUCCACUUAUUUCUAUCUGAGCCCCAUCUGCCAGAACCCCAGUUGAGAGCUUGUGAACUGGUGCAACCAAACCGGGGGACAGUGCUGGCCCAGAGCUAAGACUCGAAAAUGGCCCUGCCUGGGCAUUUCACAAGAGCCCUGCCUGCCUGAGCCACAGGAGGCUGACAGCCACUGCGGCAGCCCUUGCUGAGGUGGAAGUAGCAGAUCUGCAGUGGGACAUCCUGCUCUGGUAGGCAGGAAGGACAUGGCUGCUGAGCAUCCAUUCCACCGACGGCAGGCUCGCCACCCAGUCCUAGAGGAAGGAGAGGGCCCUGAUUCAGGGUAAUGAAGAAGCCUAGAGACUCCAGACCUGGAGCAGAAGAACUGAUGGGCAAGCCUCUUGGUUGCUAAAUGAAAUGAAGCGUGUCGGCUAGCAACAGGACUCAAGCCUUGCUUUUAAACUGUGGUUCUGAGAGAUCCUGACAGAAGCAAAGGACUUCUGCAUAGCUUGUAACAUUAACACAGACCUUGGGAGUCGGAGUCUACAGAACUGCUGUGUGUUCAGCAGGUGUGGUAGCAUUUAACUGAAACAGUGGACUUCCCUCUGUGCAGAUAAUAUCUCUUUAGACCCUCUUUCCAUCCAGAGACCAAGCACAGGGCAGAACAAUAAGUUUUUUAAGAAAAUAAAUUUGUUUUCUUUAA